AGUGUUCAUCAUCAGUUCUGUUCCAGUGAUGUGAUGUGUGUGAGACUGGUGUUUGGUGACACACACGCGCUCAUCUGGACUCGCUCCAGCGGCUCGUUUGAGUCGAGAUGUGUCAGUAUGGACUGUAGGCGGAACCUGGCGGCGGAUCUAAACGCGUCGUUUGUCGUGAGGGAAACAUCAGUCGCGUUCUCCUGUUUCGGGAGAUCUACAGCAUCUGUGCUCGCGCGUCGCGUCGCUCUGACUGCAGCUCGGCUCCGCCCGCGGCGCGGGGCGUGUCUCUGUGGGCGGGUUCGCGCGCGUUGCUGAUGUGGGGACGCAGGUGACGCGGCGCUCAGCAGCUCCCAUCGGAAGACGCGCAGUAUCGAGACGCGUUGCGCUCUGGCGGAUACUGGACAUUAUUCCAUAGAUUCCAGAGAAAACCGCAGGAAUUUGGGAAGAGGGAAGAAGGAGAGACGGAGACGCAAGGAGAGAAUUCCGAAGGCCAGGAGAAUGCCGGAAUCUGGAGGGCAGUAGAACAUUCCUGCUGUGGUUAUGUGGGAAUAAGGCCGUUUGGAAGAACAUGAAUUGCAGAUAAAGACUCAACCAUGAGCAUCAAUCGUGGUCCACUGGACACCAGAUCACUGCAUCACGCCUGUUCGUCUCAUUUAGAAACAUCGGCCUGAAGGAAAGCUCAAUCACAGUGCUUUGAAAUCUCUUCUUCGAUUGGAAGAGUUUUACAGAAAACCUAAAUCGGGAACCAUUUAUCACUCAUCCACCUCCAGCCUGUGCCUGAUGCACCGACCAAUGGAGAGACUACGGAUAGAGUCUGGAUAAAGAGGAGCAGGGCAAGAAAGAAAGAAAGCAAAAGUGAACAAUUGGCCCGUCUGGCAGAAGGUGCCUGUGCUGAUACGGCAGCGUUGGGAAUUCAGCCGUCUGGACAUCGUUCCCCAUCUCUCAGAGUCAAGAGGAACUCUCAGAGGAGGAGGUUUUUGAGCUCGUAUCAUCAGCGUGGGUGAAAUGAAGUCUCAGUGUUGGUCCACUCUCUGGCCCCUGUGGCCGUUGCUGUUAGCUGGACUCUUUCUGUCAGGAGGGGCCCUGGAGUUUGGCGGCUCUCCCGGCCAGUGGGCGCGUUACGCCCGUUGGGAAGCAGGAUCGAUCGGGGAGCUCAGCUUCAGCCUGAAGACCAACGUGAGCAAGGCGCUGGUUCUGUACCUGGACGACGGCGGGAACUGUGACUUCCUGGAGCUGCUCAUUGGCGGCGGACACCUACAGCUCCGAUUCGCCAUCCACUGCGCCGAACCGGCCACCCUGCAGAUGGAGACCCGUGUCAACGACGACCGCUGGCACAUGGUACUGCUUACCCGAAACUACCGCGAGACCAUGCUGAUGGUGGACGGAGAAACCAAAGUGGCGGAAGUCCGUUCUAAGCGCAAGGAAAUGGCCGUUGUCAGUGACCUUUUCGUAGGGGGCAUUCCGCCGGACGUACGUCUGUCCGCCCUCACGUCCAGCACGGUGAAAUACGAGCCUCCGUUCAUGGGUUUGAUCUCCAAUCUGAAGGUGGGCGAGAUGCCUCCCACUCUUCUCAACAGCAACGGCAUUCAUAACGAUCUGGAGUAUCUGUGCACCAAGCAGAACCCCUGCCUCAAUGGAGGAUACUGCACCGUCCAGUUCGGCGAGGUCCACUGCGACUGCUCUCACACACGCUUCCGAGGAAAAUACUGCAAAGAAGGAACAGAAGAGUACGCUGUGGAAGGUCUGGCGCACCUGACGUUAAACAGCCAAGACCUCUGGCCUGUGACCUCUGACCUCCCGGACGCAGGUGACUCGUCUCAAGCGGGAAAAGAAGAAUCGGUGGCCACCUUCAAGGGAAACGAGUUUUUCUGCUACGAUCUGUCCAUGACGCCCAUCCAGAGCAGCACGGACGAGAUCACGCUGUCUUUCCGAACCCUCCAGCGUAACGGUCUGAUGCUCCACACCGGGAAAUCCGCAGACUACGUCAACCUGUCGCUGAAGAGCGGCGCCGUGUGGCUCGUCAUCAACCUGGGCUCCGGCGCGUUCGAGGCUCUGGUGGAACCCGUCAACGGGAAGUUUAACGACAACGCUUGGCACGAUGUUAAAGUCACGCGAAACCUGCGACAGCACUCAGGCAUUGGACACGCUAUGGUAAACAAACUGCAUUAUAUGGUCACAAUAUCGGUGGAUGGUAUUCUGACCACCACCGGUUACACACAGGAGGAUUACACCAUGCUGGGAUCCGAUGACUUCUUCUAUAUCGGCGGAAGCCCGAACACGGCGGAUCUGCCCGGAUCUCCGGUUAGCAACAACUUCAUGGGCUGCCUGAAAGACGUUGUCUAUAAGAACAAUGACUUCAAGCUUGAGCUGUCCCGUCUGGCCAUCGAGAGAGACCCAAAGAUCAGUCUGCAUGGCGACCUGGUGUUCCGCUGCGAGGACGUGGCGGCCCUCGACCCCGUGACCUUCGAGACGGCCGAGUCCUACAUCGCCCUGCCGCGCUGGGACACCAAGAAGACCAGCUCCAUAUCCUUCGAUUUCCGCACCACCGAGCCCAGCGGACUCCUGCUGUUCAGCCACGGGAAACCGCAGAGCUCGAAGGAGCAGCGGCCGGGACGCGAGAUGAAGACCGAUUAUUUUGCCAUGGAGCUGCUGGACGGGUUUCUGUACCUGCUGAUGGACAUGGGCUCGGGGAGCAUCAAACUCAAGACCAGCAACAAGAAGGUCAACGAUGGCGAAUGGUGCCAUGUGGACUUCCAGAGGGAAGGACGGAGAGGCUCCAUCUCGGUCAACAGCCGCUCGAUUCCCUUCAGCUCCAACGAGGGCAGCGAGAUCCUGGACCUGGACAGCGACAUGUAUCUUGGCGGUUUACCGGAGACGCGGCAGGGCCUGAUCCUCCCGCCCGAGGUCUGGACCGCGCUGCUCAACUACGGCUACGUGGGCUGCGUGCGCGACCUCUUCAUCGAUGGGAAGAGCCGAGACGUGCGGCGUCUUGCCGAGAUCCAGAGCGCGCCGGGCGUCAGCAGCUUCUGCACGCGGGAGCUUCAGAAGAGGUGCAGCAGCGCCCCCUGUGCCAACGGAGGACAGUGCAAGGAGGGCUGGAACCGCUACAUCUGUGACUGCACCGGCACCGGAUAUCUGGGCAGCAACUGUGAGAUUGAGGCGACGGUGUUGAGCUACGACGGCAGCAUGUAUCUGAAGAUCAUCAUGCCCAGCUCCAUGCACACAGAGGCGGAGGACGUGGCCCUGCGCUUCAUGUCCCAGCGGGCGUACGGGCUGCUCAUGGCCACCACCUCCAAAGAGUCGGCCGACACGCUGCGGCUGGAGCUGGACGGAGGACGGGUCAAACUCACCGUCAACCUCGACUGUAUCAGGAUAGACUGUAACCUCAGUAAAGGUCCAGAGAUCCUGACGGCCGGUCAGAAACUCAACGAUAAUGAGUGGCACUCGGUCAAAGUGAUCCGGCGCGGGAGAAACCUGCACCUGUCCGUGGACAACAUCACUGUGGAAGGUCAGAUGACGGGUGACCACACUCGUCUGGAGUUCCACAACAUCGAGACGGGCAUCAUGACGGAGCGCAGAUUCAUCUCCGUCGUGCCCUCAAACUUCAUCGGGCACCUGCAGGGCCUGACGGUCAACGGCGUGCCGUAUGUGGACCAGUGCAAGAACGGCGAUAUCUCGUACUGUGAGCUGAACGCCCGCUUCGGCAUGCGCCACAUCAUCGCCGACCCCGUGACCUUCCGGAAUAAAGGAAGUUACCUGGCGCUGGCGACGCUGCAGGCGUACGCGUCCAUGCACCUGUUCUUCCAGUUCAAGACCACGUCCACGGACGGCCUGCUGCUCUUCAACAGCGGCGACGGCAGCGACUUCAUCGUGGUGGAGCUGGUGAAGGGGUACAUCCACUACGUGUUUGACCUCGGGAACGGGCCGUCUCUCAUGAAGGGAAACUCAGAGAAGCCGCUCAAUGACAAUCAGUGGCACAACGUGGUGGUUUCCCGAGACACCAAUAACGUGCACACGCUGAAGAUCGACUCUCGCACCGUGACGCAGCACUCUAACGGCGCCAGGAACCUGGACCUCAAAGGAGAGCUGUAUAUCGGUGGAGUCGCCAGAAGCAUGUACAACAGCCUGCCGAAGCUGAUCGCGUCCCGGGACGGGUACCAGGGCUGCCUGGCCUCCGUGGACCUGAACGGCCGCUUGCCAGACCUGCUCGCAGACGCCCUCCACAGGGUCGGCCAGGUGGAUCGAGGAUGCGACGGACCCAGCAGCACCUGUACGGAGGACUCGUGUCAUCAUCAGGGGGUGUGUCUGCAGCAGUGGGAGGGCUUCUCCUGCGACUGCACCAUGACGUCCUACGGGGGCUCGUACUGCAGCGAUCCUGGGACUACCUACAUCUUCGGCCGUGGAGGAGCCCUCAUCACGUACACGUGGCCCCCCAAUGACCGGCCGAGUACGCGGGCAGACCGGCUGGCCGUGGGCUUCAGCACUCAGCUGAAGGAAGCCGUCCUGGUGCGGGUGGAGAGCGCCAAGGGUCUCGGGGACUAUCUGGAGCUCCACAUAGAGCGGGGGAAGGUCGGCGUGAUCUUUAACGUGGGGACAGACGACAUCGUCAUCGAUGAGGCCGGCGUGAUGGUCAGCGAUGGGAAGUAUCACGUGGUGCGGUUCACGCGGAGCGGCGGGAACGCAACGCUACAGGUGGACAAUCUGCCCGUGAUCGAGCGCUUCCCGUCAGGGAACUUUGAUAGUGAACGGCUGGCUAUUGCUAGGCAAAGAAUCCCGUAUCGACUCGGUCGGGUAGUUGACGAAUGGCUACUCGACAAAGGUCGGCAGCUGACGAUAUUCAACAGCCAGGCGUUCAUUAAGGUGGGCGGCGGUGAGAAGGGUCGUAACUUCCAGGGUCAGAUCUCGGGUCUGUAUUAUAACGGCCUGCAGGUGCUGAAACUGGCGGCGGAGGGCGACCCCAAUGUGCAGGUGCAGGGAAACCUGCGCCUGGUGGGCGACGUGCCGUCGGUGUUGACGACCGACACCACGUCCACCACGCCGCUCGCAGACAUGUCCACCACCAUCAUGGAGACCACCACCACCAUGGCCACCACCACCACACGCAAGCAGCGCUCGCCCACCAUGAGAGACAGCGUCACGCAGAAUACUGACGAUCUGUUAGUAGCGUCAGCUGAAUGUCCGAGUGAUGAUGAAGAUCUCGAGGAGUGUGAGCCUGGAAACGGAGGUGAACUAGUGUUGCCAAUUAUAACUGUGGAUUCCCUUGACCCCCCAUCAAUUGCGACACGUUACCCUGUUAUUCCCCCGCCCCCGACCUUUCGCCCCUUCCUCACCUUGCUCGAGACCACCAAAGAGUCUCUCGCCCUGCCCGGGCGGCCCCCUUGUCCGCUGGACCAGGAGGACUGCGAAGAGCCCAUGGAGGUCUCGGCCUACGGCUCGGGCGAGAUGACGGAGUCCGACGAUGAGGAUUACUAUAAAAACUCGCCCCUUGUCACUGAUCGGACCGUGCUCCCCCCUCCCCCCGCGGCCGGGAACCCCCGAGGUGACCGGCCCUUCGCCCGUUUGCCCAACUCCCAUCGGCCGCCACUCCCGUUCACCCCCACGGCCCCCCCAGUGUCCCGACUCAAACCUGGCAUCAACAGCGGCCCCAACAUCCCGGCGGGUAAAAUGAACACCCGCGACCAGGUGCUGCUGCCGCCUGCCCAGCCGUCGGGCGACCCUGAACACGGCGGCCGGCAUCGACACAUCCCAGGUAUAACGUAUCCUCCCAAUUUCCCCCAUGUGCCCACUACAGACCCCUCGUCGCCGGACCGAGGGCCCCCGGGAGCGGUGGAGGUGAUCCGCGAGUCCAGUAGCACGACGGGCAUGGUGGUGGGCAUCGUGGCCGCCGCCGCUCUCUGCAUCCUCAUCCUGCUCUACGCCAUGUACAAGUACCGCAACCGCGAUGAAGGCUCCUACCAGGUGGACCAGAGCCGCAACUACAUUAGCAAUUCAGCCACGCAAAGCAACGGUGCCCUGGUGAAAGAGAAGCAGCCCGGCGCAGCCAAGACGGGCACAAAGAGCAAGAAAAACAAAGACAAGGAGUAUUACGUCUGAGCUCGGCCUCCGAAAGGACCAAGGCGGAAGCAGGGGGGAGAAGGAGAGAGAUGGGAUGAGAAACGGAAAGGGAGGUCCGGGUAUUUUUCGGCAGUUUACCGGUCACUUUUAGUGCUCUGACAUCAGUCUUCUUUAUUUUCCUGUCUCGUCUAGCUGUUGGCCUCAUUUCCAGCAAGCGCUAAAGAGUACGAAGGUGUCUAGGGUUUGGAAACAUUCCCUCCCUCAAUUUCCAUUUUUGAUAGCUAAUCCCUAUUAUUAAAAGAAACUCUGCAAACCUUUUGUAUUGAAGAAAAGUGGAUUUUUCCUCACACGUAAUUUGACGCUCUAGUUUGUUCUUUGUAAAUACUACGUGAGUCCUCAAUAUUCAGAUCAUCUCCUAGCCUGAUGUCAAAACACCCGUGUACGCCAGGCUGCUUGGGCAAUCCAUUGUUGCUCCAUCAGAGCAUUGGAUGCGGUUGAGAAUUGUUUGGGAAUGAGAGCAGUUCAAUUGGAACGGCUUGGCAUAGGUGACAUUUCAGGAACAGAUGGUGCCGAAAACGUUUAGCAGUCACACUCCUCCGUAAUACUGCCAAACCAGCUCCGUGUCAAAUCCGUCUCCCUCACUUUCCAAGUGCUUCACGUUUUCAUCCUCUGCUCCCUUCAUCCCUAUCUUUCUCUCUUUCCCCACUCCCUUUCUUGGCUUGUUCUCUCUUUUUCUCCUUGUCCUUGGUGCUCAGGAGCAGAUGCAACGUAAUUCUGUUGUGUUUCCAGCAUGUGGUAUUGAAAAUGAAAAGAGACAAAAACUGUUUCUGUGGAGUCAAACAAAUUAAUAUAUAAAUAUAUAUAUAUAUAUAUCAAACCGUUACAACUAGCGAAACAUCUGUGGAUGAUCCCUUCAGCCGCCAGAACUCUUGGAGGCCCACGGUCACACCACGUUUCAGCAGAUAUUUGUCAUGUGUGUUUGAGGGUUCCACAGGGCUCCGUCCUCGGCCCGCUGAGGAUCUUGGUUUCUACUCUAAGUACCACAUUCAGAACCCGAAACACAACCUCCAACAGCAAACAGACAUAUCCAUAUACAGAUGUUUGAAAAGGCAAAUGGACACAGGAAAGUCUGACACGACUGAUCAAGACCCUUUGACCCACAUCACGUCAACAAACCACAUCAGUGGAAAACAGCUGAGACUUGGAUGCUAGGAUGCUUUUUUGUUUUGUUUUCUAUGUAUGUGUGCGUGCUUUCUUUUUUUAUUUUGUCACGAUGUCAAAGGGAAAAGACAAUAAUGUUCCAGUUAUUGUACAUCCGAGUAGGGAACGUGAACUCUCCUGCGUCUUUGACCACGUUCUCUCAGGAGGAAAGUAGGUAUGAACUUUGUGCAUUUAAGACAACGAAACAAACUCUCUUGAAAGAAGGACGAAAUGGCCUGUUCCUUGGAAGAUGUACAUCUUGAACUCUAGUAUUCUAAUUUUCUCAACUCUAUUAAAAAGAACUAAACUCUACAUUGAAAAUGUUUAAAACAGUUUGUGAAAUGUCUAAAUAUUUGAAUCUCAUCCCAGUGCUAAAAGAGACGUGUUUUUCCUAAUUAUCAUCCCUAAGAAAAAAGAAAAAAAAAAGAAGAAAAGAACGUGCAAUGAAAUGCAAAGAUCAGUGAAUCAGAUUCCAGAAAGCAGAUACUCCUUUGAAUAUUAAACAGCAAAAUGCGAUUUGGUUUACAAGAUAGCGUUUCCUUUACCUGGCGGGAUAGUAUCUCCUUGUUUCCAGGAGACUUUGAUCGUCUAACUCUAUCCUCUGUUUGAAUCAUAUCGCUCGCUUUACCCAGCGUGUGGAGGGCUGUUCAUACUCUAUAUUCACUCAACGAGGACCAGACAUCAUCAUCAUUUGAUUUCACUCUUACAUCUCUGUGUGUUUGCGUGUGUGUUUGCGUGCGCUUGUGUGUCUGUAUGAAUGUUCCCAUUAUUUCUGUUCCUGUUCAGGUUUGUCAGUUGCAUUUCUCCUCAGCUCCCUUGUUCUUUCUAAAUGUUAUUGUAGAGUGUUACAGUGAGAUGAAUCUGCAUACGUGUAUAUUAACAGAAGGGAAUACAAUUGGUUAUAUACUUCUUA